CCAUUCUAAGCCCGGAAACAAACCAGUGACUGCCCACUUGUCGAAACACCAAGACAAGAGGCGCAACGUGCCCAAUUCUCAAACCCCCACUCAAUGCCUCCCUGAAACGUGUCAGCCCACCAUGAACCACUUUUGAACCUUUCCAGGCUUGAGGUGUUGAUGGGAGACUAGGAGAGAUGGGAAUGAGUGGGAAGGAGGAGUGGAGGAAGAUGGCGGACACCCACAUGAUGAAGGACGAAGAGGUUAAAACAAAGGGAGUAGAGGCUUCCAAGAGGCCGCCUGGACACAACCCAGGGGAAGUGCUGCACCAGAGGCGUAAAUUGCCUUACAGUCCUCCAACAAUGGCGGUUGCUGGCUUCCUCAUUGCAGCCACCCUUGGCUACUUCACAUUGUACGCCAUGAAAAAGCCUGAGGCCACUGCCAAAGAUGUGGCCAAAGUUGCCACCGGCACGGCGGAGCCCCAGGACACUCAUCCUCGCAAGUAAUGUUCCACUGCCGCCCAUCAUCAUCAUCAUCAUCAUCAUGUGGGGUGUAUUCUUCUGUGUUUUUGUUGAUUUUCUCUUCAUGUUUUUACCUCACUAGCUGUCUAUGAAUCCAUCCUUUACAAAUAAAAUUAAAACCGUUGUUUUUGUUCUCUUCAA